GCCCUCGAAAAUUCAUCGCGAUGUCAGAGAAUAAAGGAGAAUCUUGGGAAACGGUACAGAAAAAGUCGGCCGAGAGAUUAACCGAAGAAAUACAGAGCAUGGCCAACUAUAAAAGUCUUUACACCGAGAUACAAAAACUCGUUGCUUCCACGGCAGUGAAGAGGGGAGAUUUCAAAGCGACAUUAAUGGAUGCUUUGAAAAGCAACGGUUUGGAAACGGAAAUUCGUAACACGGUCUUCCAUUGGGCCAGAUCUCAAAGUUCCUUGUCGUCGUCGUCGCUGCCGUCCGUGGAGGAAGUCGAUUUGAAUUAUUUAAAAAAGGCUCAGGUCCAGUGGGAACGCCGAAUACAGAAAUCGCUGAAUUCUACGUGCAACGAAUUGAACGUCGCGUUGGCUCGAAUACGUCCCAGAGAGGACCGCGAGGAGCUUGCCGAAAAGUGGAAUGAAUUAAGUACCUACGAUAUCGACUUGUCACACUUCAGGCCGCUAUACGCUCCAAAGGAUUUCCUAGACGUUUUAUUCGCUAUACGGAAUCCCUCUUUCAAAAAGCAACCAGACGAAUUAAAUUGGGAGUUCAGCCAUAUACAGAUCCGCGUGAAGACUCUUGCACAGUUGAGACGCGUCUACGUGGAAUUCGCGAAAGGGAUGCCGCUGUUGGGAGUGAAUCCAGAGCUGCACAGUUCAGAGAACUAUGGGAAUCUGGAAGAGGAGAGGAUCCAUCUGGGCGAGAAGGUGUUGCGAUCUAAUCAUGCUCCAAUUGCGCAAGAGUUCUUGAAGCGUGGGGCCCCGCGAUCGCUUCGAGGACGCCUGUGGUCCCUCGUAUUGGGAUCUAUAGUCAAGGAAAAUGAUGUAGAGUAUUACGAAGAAUUAAAGAGCAUGGUGCUACAGUACGACAUAGUUAUAGAUAACUUAAUAAUAAAGGAUGUGCAGUUGACGGCACGAAACGACGACCAAUAUUUUGUAUUCGAGGAUGUUUUGUAUAAAACAAUGUUAUGUUUCUCCCGUGACUCGGAGGUGUUAGCGCCCGUGACCACUGACAGAAGCGCGGGCGGUCAGGUGAUACACGCAGUUUUGCAAGGGAAACCAGCCACCUUGGAAAAUACUUUGGUGUUUCCACCGAGCGGCGUGAUUCCAUUCCAUGGAUUCACGAUGUACGCCACUCCGUUUUGUUAUCUGUACGACGAUCCUUGCGCAAUGUAUUUUACGUUUAGAGCCUUUUAUUUACGAUACUGGUUCCGCUUGCACACCGUGUCUAAUCACGAACAGGGUAUAGUCGCGCUGUGCCUUCUUUUCGAAAGAUUGCUCCAGUGCCACGAACCCCUUCUUUGGACUCACUUUAGAAACUGCCAUAUACAACCGAUUAAAGUUGUCUUUAAGUGGAUUAUGAGGGGUUUCAGUGGCCACCUACCCCCGGAACAGUUGCUUUUCUUAUGGGACUCGAUUCUCGGCUACGAUUCUUUGGAAAUUAUCCCCUUGCUCGCUGUGGCCAUUUUGAGUUUUCGAAAAGAAAAUCUGAUGCAAGUCAACACUCUUCAGAGUGUGGAAGCUGUCCUAGCGGAUUUGUCUUCUUUAAAAGUGAUCCCAUUAUUGCAAUUAUCUUUACUGAGAGAAUAAAGGCAAUGGUUAUUACAUUUGUUAUUACAUUUUUUUAAAAAACUCGUAAAAAAGACUCGUACACGUUAACCCCUCUAAUCUCUUUACGGGGAUUUAAGGAAACAGCUUGAUUGAAGUAUCGAUGCGUCCCUGAAUAAACAUUAUAAAUG